AUGUCAUCUUCCGAUGAAAGUAUAACUGAUGACACUGAAGAGUUUAUUCUUCCGAAAAAGAGAAAAUUAAGGGUCAAGGAGAGUCGGAAUGUUCCUAAACGUGACUUACUUGCAAGCACCGAUGGAUCCUCUCUGACCUCAUGGAUCGAUCAAUACUCACCUCGAAAUACUUCCGAGUUGUGCCUUCAUCCCAGGAAAUUGUCUGACUUGAGGAAAGUCAUGCUGUCAAUGGUAAAUGGUGGUGCGAAUGCCCCAAAAUUGUUGAUCCUUCAUGGUCCAUCCGGGUGUGGUAAAUCCACCAGUGCCAAGUUGUUGGCCCAAGAUCUAAUUGCAUCGUCUGAGACUUCAUUGAUUGAAUAUACAGAGUCGAAUCUGUUUGUGGAAUUCUUGCAUGAUGCCAGGUACAGAGUGGGGUACAAUAAAUGUGUAAUACUAGUGGAAGAGUAUCCCAAUGUGUUCCACGAACCGACCCACCAACUGUUCAAGGACUCUCUCUGGGAAUGGUUGCACAUUGAUGAACCCCUCCCGCCGCUAAUAUUGUGUGUGACUGAAGUGGAGCACCAGAGCGAUGACAACCAUGGCAGGGAAUUCUUUAACAUUCAAAAUAACUGGACCGUAGACACCCUAGUUGGUAAACGAAUUUCAAACCAUACCGAAGUAGCUAAAGUUAAAUUCAACCCAAUCGCCAUGACAUACAUUAAGAAGGCAUUGAAUAGGCUAAUUCAAUCAGAAUCCAAGCUGGUGUUCAAUAGGAUACCGAAACUGGAAACCAGCGAAUUUGUAGAUAGCAUUGGAAAAUGUGGAGACAUCCGAUCUUCCAUAGCCAAUUUGCAAUUCUGGUCCACUAUGAGAUCCAAGUUACCUGCAAGGGACGAGAAGCUGAUGGAAUUGUAUAGCAUUGGUAAAGAGACCCAUCUUAACUUAUUUCAUGCCGUAGGGAAGAUCAUUUAUGGACUGACAAAUAACGCAUACGGUGAAGUUGGCGAUGAUGAAUUCGAUAUAGACUAUUUCACAAUAUUAGAUGUGCUAUCGACUUAUCCCUCGAACAAUCUACUUCAGCUUUCUUUACUUGAAAACUAUGGGAUUUUCAAUAAUGUCGAUUUUGACAUUGAGCAGGCUACUAAGAUUGUUGAUAAUCUAAGUUUAGGUGAUGUUCUUGGUGGUAGCUCAGCUGAAGGAGCGAACAAAGAGAUAGGUAUACGAGGAGUAAGGUCUAUAUUGGGCCUGGUGGGUAGCCAUCAGACAAUGAGCAAGGGAACCAAAGGAGCAGCUACACUGAUUAAAUUUCCUAGACACUUCAAAAUCAUUCGUGAGUAUAAUCGGAUAACGCUGGAGAUCAGAGAAUACCAAAAGUACGUAAGGAGUGGAAUUUCCUUUCAAGACUUGAACCUUAUCUAUGGAUUUUACGAACCCAAGAUAUACAAUUCAAUUAAAUGGAAGACGAAAAACGGAAUUCCUAAUACAAGGCUGAAUUACAAUAGGCUAGGAGGUAAAUUCAAGGAGAUAUAUCCUACUGAGGGCCUUCCCAUUGCAGAUUUGGAAGAGGAAGAGGAAGAAGAAAGGUUGCGUGCUGUAUAUGAUCAAUACAGGAUUCAGAUCAAAACUCAAAUGAACGAAGGUGCAGGCAUGGAUCAUGAAACUGAUGAUGGCGGUCUCAGUGAUCCGAUCGAAGAAAGCGAUAGCGACUUCGACUUCGACGAUUCCAUUGGAGAUAUGGAGCUAAACAACAUUUUGAGCCAAACAAAGAGUCAGCAGGUAGUACCGCCAGGUCGAAGUCACGUUGCAGGUAGCGAUGGUGACAGCGACAGCGACGUAUUCCUGUCAGACGAAGAACUAGACGAGCUUAUAAGGAAAAGGAAUUUAUAG